CACUGAAUAUAAUAUUUCUGUUCGUUGCAAUUUAUUUAACUAGUGCAUUUUUAUUUCACCAAUUUGUUCACUUUAUUUCGUUUUUAAUGGCAUCUGAGGGAUGCAAACGUUUUAAUUUAGUUUCGAAAUUAAAUAAUAUACAUGUGGAAGACCUGCAAUAUGUCGAAAAGGAUUUGUGUUUCUACGAAUUAGUAUCUCUAGGCUUUCUACUUUUUGGAGAUGAUCGAGUGAACGCCGAAUUCGCACUACAAAAGUUGCUUAUACUUUCCAAUACGCACAAGGGUGGUGGCUGCGGCGGUGCCGAUUUGCUCACCAAAUACAUAAGUGUCAAUCCUCGAAAUUGGCGCGCUCAACUAGUAGAGGCUUUGGCUAUAAUUGGAGCUCGGCGAGUGUUGCGUAGGAUGGGCUUCGAUUGGAAUGAACUGCAUCAACACUAUCUACCACACAUUGGCGAACUGAGUCUGCAUGUGCACCCACUUUUGAAAGCAUUAUAUCGUGUAUGUGAGCGUCUGAAACCAGCCCAAGCCGGACAGCUAGUGCUGCGCGUAAAUGAGCAACGUAAACGUCCCGAAGAGCUGUUACGUUUCUAUGACUUUGCAUACUUGGAAAUAUUUAUGCUAGACUGGAUCUCACGCCGCAUUAUUACAUUAGGGGAUCGUGUAGCAAAUGGUGCGGAUGUUGAUGUGCUCCUUGAAUUUUUCAAAUUCAGCGACUUGGAUGCAUUAAAAACCUUGCUAAUCGAAACUAUUAUGAAUAAUGCCGAUAAGCAGUGCAUUAGCAAUAUUGCACAUAUAAGUGCGGAUAACAUGGAGGCAGCGACUGAAAACAACAAUAUGAGUAUUCCUGCGAAAACUUCUACGUCAGUUCAAGCGUAUGCAAAUGACUGUUCCUCUGUGCGCAGCUGUGAUUUAACGAUGAAUGAAAAAUAUGAGGUACGGCGGGAAAGUGCGGGUAUUCUAUUGAUAAUCAAUCAACUUAUUUUUCAAAGGGACCCCGACCCCAAAUUAAAGCAUUUGCUACCGGAAAAGCCACUGAAACCGCGCCAUGGCUCAGAUGUGGACAAAGAACGUUUAAAGAAUGUUUUUACCGAUUUCGGUUAUAGAGCACAAGAGUUCGAAAAUCUUACGCAUAUCGAAUUAAUGCAUCGCAUAAGGGAGACGGUUAAGCUGUCUUUUCAAUUUGAUUCGCUGAUUGUGUGUAUACUAUCGCAUGGCAUUGACGGAUCCGUUUAUGGCAGCAAUAGCAUACCCGUAGAAAUAGCUGAAAUCGAACAUAUAAUUACCGGUGAAGCACUAUUUGGAAAGCCAAAAUUACUUAUCAUACAGGCGUGCCAGAAAGAUGAAUCACCAAUAAAUGAGAAGCGCAAGACUAAUGUAGCGCCGCAUCGUUUCGGUGACAUGGUUAAAGCUAUGUCCACUGUACCCGGCUAUGCUGCAAUGCGUCAUACGGUUGAUGGCACAUGGUUUGUGCAAGAAUUGUGCAAUGCUGUGGAGCGCUUUGGCGAUCGACGCCACAUUGUCGACAUUCUAAUAGCUGUCAACCGCAAGGUAAGCGAGCGGCGCGGCAAUGAAAAUGAAGUAAUGAUGCCCAUAUCUAGCAACACGCUCCGCAAGUUUUUCUAUUUACCGCGGCGCAAUUAACCACAUAUGUCAGAGCAACCACUGGUGUACCUUGAAGUUGGCAGAACUCUUGAUGUUGUAGUUAGUUGUAGCUGUUUAUAUAGAACAAAUAAGCGCCGUUAUGUAAAAAACAAAAUGUUUAAUCAAUUUCUAAUUAUAUUUAGUAUGCAUAUACGUUUAUAGCUUUUGUACAGAUUAUAUAUUUUAAGCUAUCGUUUAUUUUAAAAAUAUGUUGAUAAAAAAUGAGGUCAAAUUUUAUUAAAUGACAGCAGAAAAUAUUAACAAAAAUCCUGGUUAAUGGAAAUGAAAUAUUUGGAGCCUUGUAUGUAAUUGCCAACUUUCUGUGCCUCUCUAAUAAUAUGUAUUUAUGUACAUAUAUAAGACAAUAAAUAUUUGAAUUUUUGUGAUACCAGUGAAGCAUUGAUAAGAAAAUUGUUUAUUUGAAGUAAUUUUAUAUGACCAAAUAACUAUAAUUUAAUGACUUGGCAAUUAUUUGUAUAAACAUUGAAUAUGAUUUGCUAAUUUAAUUUUGCUCCGCAAAUUAUGUCUUUAUUGCGAAAUUUUAAAGGAAACUCAUUUGAAAAUUCUUUUCUUGUAAUAUAAUAUGCUUUAUUAUGUAUUGGCGCAUGUCACAUUUUAGUUUUAUAAUCUCCUUAUUUUAUAGUAAAUGAUACGGUCUUUUUUAUGAAUACUUGUAUUGAAUGUACAAUUUUUUAGCAUUUAGUGAUAUAAUUUUUAUUAAAUUUUGGCAUUGGAUUUGUUGAAAUUUAAAAUUUCAAACGAAGAUUUCAAUAUAUGUACACACUUAUCUAUG